AUGUUCGCAGUCGCCAUAGCUAGCAGUGUUUAUUCGGGGGCAGAAAAACAGAACCCACCAAAAGAGAUCGGGGUGAUCUUGACCACCGCAAAUAUAGCCAUCCAAUUCCAGCCGGAAGAAAUGGAUUGCAUGCGGGUAGAGAUGCGAGUGGUAUUAGUUUCUGGAGGGUGGAACCAAGGCACCGGCAGCCAUCCAACGCUGCCAAACAGAGGGAAGAUGAGGGUGAAGGCCGUUGUUCCAUAUGCAGCAUUUUCGGAUCAGAUGGAUAGGAGAAUCGUUACCAUGAUGAAACAGAAGCAUAGACCACCUGAGCAGAUCGUGAGAAACGACCGUCCUCCGAAGCGAUUUAUGAGUGAAACGGGAAUAGCAGAGCCGACCAGAUCCGACCGGGCCUUAAUAGCAAAUGCUGCCAUUGCCCAGAGACACUCUUUUCCUUUUCAAAUAUUUUAUCUUGAUAAAAAGUCGUUCUCUGCCUCACGAGUGGUGAAUAAAUGUGGUGUGCGGCUCGCCGGAUCGCGUCUGUAUGUUUGA